CUUGGCCCACCGCCGCGAAUUUGAACUGGAGCUCGAUUAAUCGCCGGGGACCCGAGUUCGAGCACUAUCCGAGCCGGAGUUUUGUCGGCCUCUGUAGCGUUCCCCCACUUAGGCCUAGGAUUUUGGCGAGUCCGGCUGUCAUGGAUGGAACGUGUGUGUCCUCAUGGGACGUGGCGUUUCGGAAGGAGCAAAGAUGUCCGAUUCCCAGGCGUACACGAACGCGUUGGGGGCCCCAGAGGCCCAUUCGGCGCUGGAAUUUUUCUGGCCCCGAAUCAUGGAAGAAACGAGGAAUUUAGGAAUGAACGAGUUCAAGAACCAAGAGCUGCCCUUGGCUCGCAUAAAAAAGAUCAUGAAACUCGACGAAGACGUGAAGAUGAUAAGUGCAGAGGCACCAGUACUUUUCGCAAGGGCUGCUGAGAUCUUCAUCACCGAGCUCUCCCUUCGGGCCUGGGUCCAUACGGAGGACAAUAAGAGGCGUACUUUGCAGAGGAAUGAUAUCGCCAUGGCCAUAACAAAGUACGAUCAGUUUGACUUCCUCAUCGACAUUGUCCCGAGAGAUGAGCUCAAGCCAGCAGCCAAGCGCACCGACGACACUGUCCGUACCACGGUCAUGCCACCUGACCAGGUGCAGUACUACUUCCAGCUUGCCCAGCAACAUCGGGAAGCUCUUCAGCAGCAACAACAGCCCACGACACUGACCGCAGCUCAGGCACAGCAGCCACAGCAAAUCCAGAUUGUGCAAACCACCGGAGCCAACCCACAGACCCUGACCGUACAGAACGUGCAGAAUGCGGCACAGGCUUUCUCAAUGCCCUCCGUCCUGCAAGUGCAGCAGUGUGGUUCAACUUGGCUGAACCAGGUGGGAGCAGCCAGUGCUGAGCAACAGCAACAGAAUGCCCAGCAACAGCAGAUUCAGCUGCAGGUGCAGGCCCAGCCCCAGGUGGUGCAGCUGCAGCAGCCGGUGCAGCAGCAGGUGGCGCAACAGGGGGGCAUCCAGAUCGUCCAGCAGAUCAUCAACAGCAAUGGAGAGAUACAGCAGAUCCCCAUCCAGCUGACUCAGGCCCAGCUACAGCUGAUCCGCAUGCAGAUGCAGGGCCAGAGCUCGGGCCAGCCCAUCAUCAUCCAGACGGCACCCAUCCAGCAGGCUGCUCCACCUCCACAACCAGUUCAGCAGACGCAGACCCUGUACCAGAUCCAGCAGGGCCCAGGACAGCCCGCCUCGGUGUUCCUGGCACCGGCCGGCUCCAUGACCGCCGCCGGUCAGACGGCGGUCCAGAUCCAGACCCAGCAGGAUGGCCAGCAGUCAGAAGACGACGGAACCGACCAGUGAAUCUCUGGCCCCUGCGACUCCACCGGGUUCCCUCGAAAGCACUGCCCCACUGCCCUGUACAGACCCCCCCCCCCCCGUCUCCCUCGAGGCCAGGAUUCUCCCAAGCGUCGACCUUACUUUGCCUUCGCCGGGAAUAAACCAACCUUCCUUUCUUCUU